CUGUUAUGUUGCAGUUGCUAAAUUCACCGGGCAGACUUCUUCUCUCCAAUACAAAGUCCAAUAUAUCACUUCAAAUCAAACUGCUAAUUAUGAAGUUACCUUGCUCACUUACCUUCAGUGUUUUGUAUUCGUGUUUCAGGAAAAGUUCAGGACAGAUAUUGCAUCAAGCAGUGAAAAAGAUCCAUGAUGGACCAAAGUUUACCCCAGCCUCAGUGGUCUUCAGAACAAACGGACAAGACAAGGAGAUUCCUCAUAUUAGCUCUGCUCCUGGAUUACCCAUAGUGCAUCAUGAUGGCUAUGAGUCUUAUCUACCUCCAGGUCAUCGCUUCCAGAUGAGAAAGUUCAACAAAUUAAAAGAUGUUCUUCUUCAUGAUGGGGUUAUAUCAAAGAAACAGAUCAGUAGCCCUGUUCACGUUACCAAAGAUGAGCUGGUUCAUGUUCACACCGAGGAAUAUAUUGACAAAUUCUUUGAAGGCAAGACAAGCGAAAAGGAGCAACGGGUCACUGGUUUUGUAUGGAAUGAGGGGCUUGUGUCGAGAUGUCGAUAUGAAACAGGUGGCACAAUCCUUGGAGCUGAGCUUGCUCGAGGAAGGGGACUGGUGUGUAGUACAGGAGGGGGCACUCACCAUGCCUUCCCUGAUCAUGGAGCAGGGUUCUGUCUUCUUAAUGACAUGGCUGUUGCAUCAAGGCUUCUGGUUCACAGGAAGAUGAUUGAUAGGGUGUUGAUUAUUGACCUGGAUGUGCAUCAGGGAGAUGGCACAGCUCUGAUCUUCCAGGAGGAUCCUAAUGUGUUCACCCUCUCUGUUCACUGUGGAAAGAAUUACCCAGUCAAGAAGCAACAGAGUGACCUUGAUGUCUCUGUAGACCCGGGGACUGGGGAUGAUGAAUACAUGAGGAUCAUCCAAGACCACGUUCCACUAGUCUUGACUAAAUUCCGUCCAGGCUUGGUUUUCUUCGAUGCUGGUGUUGAUCCACAUAAGGAUGAUGCUUUAGGACAUUUAGAGUUGACUGAUCAGGGUCUGUUCAGGCGAGAUCAUUGGGUGAUGAAUGAAGUCAUCAAGAGAGGUAUCCCCUGUGUAGCUGUUAUAGGAGGUGGAUAUGACAAAGAUGUUGAUAGACUGGCUGCAAGGCACUCCAUCCUUCAUAGAGCAGCUAAGAAGGUUUGGCAAGAAAGGAGUCUUUGAUGUAAAUUCUAUAAUGAAUUCAUCAGCAACUGCAAUACAAAUGUAACCUAAGUUACAGAUUUUUCUUCAAGUGCUAUUAAAUUCAGUGUGUGAUAUCUUACAAGAAGUGAUUAGUUUCAUUAUGCAUUAAUCAUGAAUGAAAUCAGUGUUCAUCCUCAGGGUACAUAAAAAGUGACUGACAUAAGCAAUAUAUUUUUUACCUCUAUAAAUAAAGAGUAUUAUUUUCUUACAAUGGGAACAGAUAAAUUUUGCAAUUACCGUAAGACCUAUUACAAUCAAUCAUAUUUUCAUUUCUUAGAUUGACCUGACUGUAAUAGUGUAAUAAAGAACCAUAUCGCUUCAUUACAUUUUUAAUGAUGAAUAUGCCAUCAUACGACUUAAUAUGUGAAAUAGUCAAGGAAAUGCCAUCUAAGAAAGUUGGUCUGUAUUUGAAUUAGAAAAUCCAAUGCCUGGGUCCCUUUUCAUAAAGAGAUACAAGUAUGGAAAUUUUUGGCAAAUUAUGGCAACUACCACGGAAGCGAUGGUAGGUGCCGUAAUGGCACAGUUACAACAGUUGCAGGUCUUUAUGAAAAGGAGCCUUGGUGUCAAAUUAUUCAUGAAGUGCUACACAUCUGUCAUAUUGGCAGAAUUUAGUAUUUUCUAUUUGCACAUUUGCCCACAAAAGGAAAUUUCCCAUUAAAAAAAAAUACACAGCCAAAAGUACUUUAAGAAAUAUAUCAUAUCUUGGAAGUAGGCAUCAUGUUAUACAAAAUUUAUUUGUCCCCAGGUAUUCACUCUUUGUUUAUGAGCUGUGCAGUAAAGGAUGUACAUGGACAAUUAAAUAAUCCUUCAUGAUUAAACUUGUUUUUUCUCAACUUAUCUUGGUUAGGUUAGUUUGAUAAGUAGAAAAAUUGUCUUUCUACUACACGUGAUGUUCCAUCUAUAAUUACUCUGUGAAAAGGAGCACUACCUUAGUUUAUAUUUCACACGAUUCUGUUGGGGUUGUACUGAUGACCUCUUGUGUAUACGUGGGAUCAAAAUGCUUAAACCCAAAGGAAAAGAAGUUAUAGCUCAGUAGAAGUUUGAACAGGGGGGCGUUUCACAAAAAUUUUUAAAUGACUUAGAGUCGCUUGUAAAUGCCUAGUUUUGUGCAUUACAAAAAAGCAUACCGCAUUGGUCAGAUCAUGCUAUUAAGAGGACAUGCAAUACUUUGUUUAUCAAUAAGAUUGCGCAUUACAUAUCAUAUAUGGGUCAACAUUUAAGUGCAACUAUCGAGUGAUACUAAAAUCUUUGUGAAACACCCCCCGAAACUUGCUCAACCCUGACCUCUAUAGUAUAAGCAAUUCUGCCUGUUGACCAUCCAUAAGUCAAAUAUUAUACCCAAGUCAAAGUAAUUUUUAUACCAGAUUAUUAAAAACAUGUUAUAUAUCUCUUCUAAGUCAAAUUUCUCCAAAGUCAAACAGAUUUCUUUGGUCCCAAAAGAUUCAAACUUGUGCCGAGUUACCUGUAUUUAUUUCUAUGCAUGUGUAUGUGGUUAUUUGGUUGUCAUUUUUUGAAAUGCCUAUUAUUGUUUCAUAUAAAAAAUUCUGCAAUGUCA